UCCCGGGCUCGGCGUGUUCAGCCCCGGGGCAUCCCAGGGUUUGUAUAAAAGCAGCAGCUCUGCGGAGCUUUUCCAUCAUUCUCCUGCUUUUCUCCUCUCCAUCAGGAACCUCCACCUCUGCCAGGAAAUGUCCUGCUACGACCUCUGCCCCACCACCGGCGGCAUCGCCUGCCCGCAGCCCCUGGCCAACAGCUGCAACGAGCCGUGUGUCCGCCAGUGUCCCGACUCCACCGCCCUCAUCCAGCCGCCCCCGGUGGUGGUCACCUUCCCCGGCCCCAUCCUCAGCUCCUUCCCGCAGCAGGCCGUGGUGGGAUCUGCUGGAGUCCCAGCUCUUGGGGGCUCCCUGGGCUAUGGGAGUCUCUACGGCUCCGCCGCUUUCCCGGGAUACGGCGCUCGCUCUGGAUACGGGAUCUCGGCGCUGGCCGGCGGUUCCUGCGGCCCCUACACGUCGCGCCGCUUCAGCCGCCUCCUCCGCGGCUCCUGCGGGCCCUGCUGAGGGCACCGGAGCCUCCAGGGAAUCCCAGGAAUGCCCAAAUCCACGGCCACGAGCGUGAAGGGUUGGCGUUUCCGCGGCCUCCUUCGCAUUCCCCAUCUUUCUCCUACUUCUUGUUUGGCACCUCCUCGUUGUUUGCUCUCGCUGCCUGUUCCGGCAUUCCCGAUUUAUUGGACUGAUGUGGGACAGCCCAUUCCUGAUUUAUUGGACCAGCAUGGGACGGCCCAUUCCCUGUUCUGGCAUUCCCAGUUUGUUUAACAAGUGUGGGACAGCCCAUUCCCUGUUCCAGCAUUCCCAAUUUAUUGGACUGGGGUAGGCCAGCCCAUUCCCCAUGGAUUUCACCCACCAUGACCAAUAUCCUCGGACAACAGCCAGGAGAAACCGGCUGAGGACAUCUCGGAGCAGGACUUUGGUUGGACUUUCCCCGAAAUUAUCCAGGAAUGGAUUUCGCCCAAAAUUGUCUGGGAAUUUCCCCCAAAAUUGUCCAGGAAUUGAUUUUCUACCUUCUGUGAUCUCUGGCUUUGCAAAGGGGCAUUUCUCGCUCAUUAAAACUUUGUUGCAUCACA